GCGCAUUUUACGCACAUCCUUCAGUCACAGCCUUCACUUCACAGCCGUUUCCUCUGUAAUCUGAUAGUUCACCGUAAUGCGUGUAAUAAAGUGGCUUUGAGGGAAAGUUCAAGAGGAAUCUGUGCAGAGUCCGGAGUCCUGACACACCAACACACUCCCUGGGACUGCGUGUGUGAGGUGCCACAUCGAAGCGGAACAUAAAGGUCGGAAAAUGCGCAUCACGCCGCUGCUGCUGCUCCACGCGGCCGUUCUGGUUUCGUGCGCUCCUCCGCGCUGUGAUCCAGGAGUUCGAGGACUAUGCAGGCCAAGAGUGGAAGAAAAACCCAAAUGUUCCGAUGUGUCGCUGUCUUACUGCGACGACAUGCCGUACGCUCAUACCAUGUUCCCGAACAUCGUCGGACAUAAAACCCGUGAAGAAGCGGAGUCUGGGGCCGAGUACCUCCUCAUCAGCGUGGUGGAGUCUCUGCUGGGUGGACAGUGUAACCCUGACAUCCGGAUGCUGGGCUGUGCUGUGUUGGCACCACGCUGCGAGAACGCCAACAUCCUCAAGCCCUGUCGGUCCACGUGUGAGGCGGUACGCAAACGAUGCAGCCACGCCUUCGAGGGAAUAGAGAUGGCCUGGCCGUACUUCCUAGACUGCGAUCGAUUCUUUGUGAGUGACCAGGAAGGCUGUUACGAUCCACUAGAGGGCCUCGCAGCGCAGCAAGACGUCGCAGCUGUGGACGACAUGGAGGUGUUUGCUGCUGAGGACCCGUCCAUUCGGAUGCAGUACUCAUACUACUCCAACGCUCAGCUGACCAGUGUCUUAAAGAGGACCGAGGAGCGGUGCUCAGACAUUGCCAGGACCUACAGUAUCGGCCGCAGUCUGGAGGGCAGGGAGCUGCUUGUCAUCGAGUUCUCGGACAACCCCGGCCAACACGAACUACUGGAGCCAGAGAUGAAAUACAUCGGGAACAUGCAUGGAAAUGAAGUCCUAGGUCGCCAGCUGCUCAUCUACUUGGCUCAGUAUCUGUGUUCGGAGUAUCUUCAGGGAAACGAGCGCAUCCAGACCCUCAUCAACACCACCCGCAUCCACAUCCUGCCCUCCAUGAACCCUGAUGGGUACGAGAUGGCCCUGUCUGGACUCCAGGACAGCAGUUAUGGAGACGAGGAGUCUCAGGGUCAGAGGUACGAUGACGCCGGUCGAAACAACGCCCAGAACAUCGACCUGAACAGGAACUUCCCCGACCUGACGACCAUCGUGUACGGCCGCCGUCGGACCAAGGGCCACCGCACCGACCACGUGCCCAUCCCAGACUAUUACUGGUUUGGUAAGGUGGCUCCGGAGACAUACGCUGUCAUGAAGUGGAUCCGGUCCAUCCCCUUCGUCCUGUCUGCCAGUUUCCACGGUGGAGACCUGGUGGUGUCGUAUCCGUACGAUCUGUCCAAACACCCGCUGGAACACGACAUGUUCUCCCCGACGCCGGACGAUCAGGUUUUCAAGCUUCUCUCUAGAACAUAUGCAAAUGCCCAUGAGAGAAUGGCCAAUGAAAAUGCUCGGUGUGCCACCAGUCGUCACAUUGAAAAAGGAAUCGUUAACGGGGCUCGUUGGUCCAACUUUGCAGGAGGCAUGCAGGACUUCAACUACCUUCACACCAACUGCUUUGAGGUGACCGUGGAACUGGGCUGUGAAAAAUUCCCGCCUGAAGACGAGUUAUUCAACAGCUGGCAUGAAAACCACGAGGCUUUGAUCGCAUUCAUGGAGGCAGCUCAUCGUGGAAUAAAAGGUGUCGUUAAAGAUGAGGAGGGAAAUGGAAUCAAAGGCGCUCGGAUUUCAGUCCGAGGAAUAAGACACGACAUAACAACAGCUGAAAACGGAGACUACUGGCGCCUCCUGACCCCUGGCAUCCACAUUGUGUCGGCCUCGGCUCCGGGCUUCACCAGAGCCCUGAAGAGGAUCCGCCUGCCCCCCCGCAUGGCCGGCAGGGUGGACUUCGUGCUGCAGAGGGCGGCGUCGGAGCCCAGCACCCGGUGGGGGCAGGAGGAGGACGACUCCAUCCCGUCCAUGGGCAUUUACGAGCGCUUCGACCCGUUCAACCAGUACGAACGCUACACCCUGAUGAACGACGGGAGCCAGGACCGCCAGGAGAGGGUGGAGAAGCCCUGGUGGUGGAGCUACUUCACCAUGUCAGGAGGACCCGCCCCCACCUGGCUCCUCAAACACUACUAGAUCAUCAUCGUCAUCAUCAAAACUAGUGGCCAAGUUUAUCAUCAAACUAUGAUGUAAGCAGCUUUAACCUUCUGUCUUAACAAUGCAGCAGCUUCAUUUUAUAAUAAGGGAAAAAAAGUGUUUUAUAUUUAUCAUUACAGCACAAAUAAACAGCUUUUAUAUCAAAUAUUUGUGUAUCAUCACGU